GCCGCCCGAGCGGGCCCCGCGCCUCCUCAGCUGCCCGCACCGCUCGUGCCGGGACUGCCUCCGCCACUACCUGCGCCUGGAGAUCAGCGAGAGCCGCGUGCCCAUCAGCUGCCCCGAGUGCAGCGAGCGGCUCAACCCGCACGACAUCCGCCUGCUGCUGGCCGACCCGCCGCUCAUGCACAAGUACGAAGAGUUCAUGCUGCGCCGGUACCUGGCCUCGGACCCCGACUGCCGCUGGUGUCCCGCCCCUGACUGCGGUUAUGCUGUUAUUGCCUAUGGCUGUGCCAGCUGCCCAAAACUAACCUGUGAGAGGGAAGGCUGCCAGACUGAGUUCUGCUACCACUGUAAGCAGAUAUGGCAUCCAAACCAGACCUGCGAUAUGGCCCGUCAGCAGAGAGCUCAGACUUUACGAGUUCGGACGAAGCACACUUCAGGUCUCAGCUAUGGGCAAGAGUCUGGACCAGAUGACAUCAAACCAUGCCCACGAUGUAGUGCUUACAUUAUCAAAAUGAAUGAUGGAAGCUGUAAUCACAUGACCUGUGCGGUAUGUGGCUGUGAAUUCUGCUGGCUCUGCAUGAAAGAGAUCUCCGACUUGCAUUACCUCAGUCCCUCUGGUUGUACAUUCUGGGGCAAGAAGCCAUGGAGCCGGAAGAAGAAGAUUCUUUGGCAAUUGGGCACAUUGAUCGGUGCUCCAGUAGGGAUCUCACUCAUUGCUGGCAUUGCAAUUCCUGCCAUGGUCAUUGGCAUUCCUGUUUACGUUGGGAGGAAGAUUCACAGCAGAUAUGAGGGAAGAAAAACCUCCAAACACAAGAGGAAUUUGGCCAUCACAGGAGGAGUGACCUUGUCAGUCAUUGCAUCCCCAGUGAUUGCGGCUGUUAGCGUUGGUAUUGGUGUCCCCAUUAUGCUGGCAUAUGUUUAUGGGGUUGUACCCAUUUCUCUCUGUCGUGGAGGUGGCUGUGGAGUUAGCACAGCCAAUGGAAAGGGGGUGAAAAUUGAGUUUGAUGAAGAUGAUGGUCCAAUCACAGUGGCAGAUGCCUGGCGGGCCCUCAAGAACCCCAGCAUUGGAGAGAGCAGUAUUGAAGGCCUGACUAGUGUGCUAAGCACCAGUGGGAGCCCAACAGAUGGACUCAGUGUUAUGCAAGGCCCUUACAGUGAGACAGCCAGCUUUGCUGCCCUUUCCGGAGGCACCCUGAGUGGCGGUAUUCUCUCCAGUGGCAAGGGAAAAUACAGCAGGUUAGAAGUCCAAGCCGAUGUCCAAAAGGAAAUUUUCCCCAAAGACACAGCCAGUCUUGGUGCAAUUAGUGACAACGCAAGCACUCGUGCUAUGGCCGGUUCCAUAAUCAGUUCCUACAACCCACAGGACAGAGAGUGCAACAAUAUGGAAAUCCAAGUAGACAUUGAAGCCAAACCAAGUCACUAUCAGCUGGUGAGUGGGAGCAGCACAGAGGACUCGCUCCAUGUCCAUGCUCAGAUGGCAGAGAAUGAAGACGGUAAUGGUGGUGGUGCUGGUGGUGACACUGGUGGCAGUGGUGGCAGUGAAGAGGAUCCCCCUUGCAAACACCAAAGCUGUGAACAGAAAGACUGCCUGGCCAGCAAGGCUUGGGACAUCAGCCUGGCCCAGCCUGAAAGCAUCCGCAGUGACCUAGAGAGCUCUGACACACAGUCGGAUGAUGUGCCAGACAUCACUUCAGAUGAGUGCGGCUCCCCCCGUUCCAAUGCUGCAGCCUGCCCCUCGACCCCCAGAGCCCACGGUGCACCAAGCCCAAGUGCCCACAGGAACCUCACUGCUCCAGCGGAGAGCCAGACUGUUCUGAAGCCAGAAGACUGUGAAGUGGAAUGAAGGCUCCUGCUCUGAGAAGCACACUUGUUGUAACUGCAUCUUUUAGAAUCUUUUUUGGGGGAGGGUGGGGAUUUAUGUAUUUUGUUUAAAGAUUCUCUGGUCAGGGUUCCCCCAGGGAAGUUCUGAGAAAUUUGCAAUUUCUUACCAGAUAAAAAAUGAAAUUUUUGCCUCUAAUAUCCCUCCCCUUAUCCCCUUGUUUUUAGUUUUAAUUUAUUGGUUAAACUGAUGUUGGCAAUCUGUGAGGUGUGUCAAAGAAUGUACAUAUGUAUGUGUGUAUAUUGUAUGUAUGCUAACAUAUUAUUGAUGACACAUUUUAAUAAAGACUUCUGUGGUAGUUCA